AUGCUUUGGUUUGUGAAAACUACAACAAAUAUUCCAGGCCACAUAAUACGUAUACACAGUUAUACGAAAACCCCAGGAAAACCUCAAAUUUUAUCAGGAAAACCUCAAACUGUAUCAGAAAAACCUCAAACUGUAUCAGGAAGGCCUCAAAUUGUGAGCACGUUUUUGGAACCUUGUUCAACUCCUCCCAAGAUAAAUGGCAACAGAAGCAUAGACCUACGACCUUGUAACCUGAUCGAGUGCAUCACCAGGGAUAAUCACAAUGAAGAAGUUACUGUGAAACCCUGCAAUCCUCGAUUUUGCAACGAUACAGAAUGUUUCAACGUGAAAUGUCCAAGAGAAAGAAAUGCAUUUAAAAGGACUAAUCUUCAUACAAAGAAUGUUAAAACGCAUAACACUAAUGUCAACUGCACUUCUGUUUCAUCCUUUGCAGGAAAAAUUGAAAUUUUUGGAGGUCAUUGGAAACCGACCAAAUGCCUUCCAAAGCGCCAUGUUUCCAUCAUUAUUCCUUUCAGGGACAGGGAUGAACAUUUGUGCAUUCUUCUUAAGAAUCUUAUUCCAAUAUUAAUUGAUCAAGAAACAGAAUUCAGGAUCUUUGUUGUCGAACAGACAGGAAAUACAACUUUUAACAAAGGAAGACUUAUGAAUGCCGGGUUUCUCGAAGCAGAGAAAUUGUUUGACUUUAAUUGUGUAUUCUUCCAUGACGUUGACCUUAUUCCAGAAAAUGACAGGAAUCUCUAUUACUGUGGGGAUCAACCACGCCAUCUAUCGGUGGCAAUCGAUGAAGAUGGUUACAAGUUGAUGUACAGCUGGUUAGUGGGUGGCGUGUUAGGAUUUAGGCCACACAUUUUCCGUAAAGUUAACGGAUAUUCCAACAUGUUCUUGGGCUGGGGAGGGGAAGACGACGAUAUGUACCACAGAAUGACUCAUUUAAAAUUCCGUGUAAUACGACCUCCAGCAUUUGUCGCUAGAUACACGAUGAUUCGUCACAAGAAGCGGGAACGAUGGCCUAAAAGAAUGCAAGUACUGAAUACAUGGAAAACCAGGAUAAAGACUGAUGGACUGAGAAAUGUUCCUUACAAACUAAUAUCUGUUCAAAUUUACACCUACUAUACUAAAAUUAGAGUGGAUGUUGGAAAAGAAGACGAUAUUAAGAAGAAAGCUGAUGUUACUUACACAAAACAUGGUCCCUCUGUACAUGUAUAAGAACAUUAAUAAUAAUAGAACCUGUUUCUUGAAUUAACCAUAUUGCAUAAUGUAUGAGUUUUACGGUUGUUAAUGAAUAUAAAAAAUUGAUCGAAAAGUUAUUAUAUCAAAUCCUUUAAUGAUUAGCAAAAUCAACAACAAGAGUGGAUGGGAUGCAAUACAUAAGACAUAUUAAGCGUGCAGUGAUCAAAGAUUAUUAUAUUCUUAUGUUUUACAAAAAAAUCCCUUUUUUCUCUCGUUUUUAUAAAAAAAAAAGAAGAGAAAAGCUGAGAAAAUGACUUUUGUAUCUCAAAGAAAAAUUCAUAAAUUUGCUUCUUUUUUUUUACUAUAGUAAGGUAUAUAUUGGCAAAAUUAUUAGUUGCUGGGGAGGGUUAUGAGUCAUCCCUCCUGUACCCACUCCUGGCUCUUAGGAGCCUGUAUUCGUAUGUAAAGAAACCAAUAUUAUACCUUUUCCUUUUAAUUUCCAAUGUAGAGUAGGUAAGACGUUUUCUAGACUGUAUUUCUCCCUUUUCUUUAAAAUUAGGGAAUAGACUGAUAUUUAAAACAAGUUUGCUGAAUACACAAGAUAUUAUAUAUAGAUAUAUGAAGCCCUGCAUUGCUGAGUAUUACACUUUUGAUUCUAUGAUUAUUAAAAGAGAACAGAAUAAAUUUUUAUCGUGUUCUUUUAAGGUAAUAAAGGUUCGGUCCAUAAUAGUUAUAGAAAAGUUUGUAAUAUAAAUAUAUUGAAAUUUUGAGCAAGAAAAAUUAAAUACGGAGAUAAAGAACAGUAUUCAGGUUCAAAAGUCCAUUCAAGGAAUACAAAUCAGGAUCAGUACAAACACGAGCUUCUAAAACAUCAGAGGUGGAAUCAGUUGCCAUGGAGGAGUGAGAGGUCACACCGCCGUGUGCUCCUUGUAAUGAGGGGGAAAUCCGAUAACAGUUCAGGGUGUAAAUAAUGGCUUAGCAAUUAGUAUAAAAACGUCAGUCAGCAUGUGACUUAAUGAUAUAUUGUAUUUGCAGACAAGGUCAUUGUAUCGACCUUAGAACUUUCGAAAUGAUGACUUUAAACGAGACUGUUGAUAUUCUUGUUUCAUUUACUUAUUUGGCGAUAGCGUUUUAGAAAUUGUUUGUACGUAUAGUUAAGUAAGUGAGUAAAAUAGGGUAUAGUCUUAUUGCUAUUUGUAUAGACAAAAGCACCUGGAUUUUGGGUCAUCAUUAGAUCUAAUUAACUUUAAUAAUUAACUUCAAUAACAAAAUUUUUGUUUUAAAGGUGUACUUACUUACUUUUUGAAACUUUGCUAGCUCGGUUUUAGCUAGAUUUUUCAA